AACAAACAAAACAAACAAACAAACAUUAGGAUAACCCGUCGCCGCCGUCUCCGUUGAAAGGAUCCAAGGUAAAGUACAAGCAUCGGGCGGCUGCAGCUCGGGACUCGGGUCGGUCUCUUUAGCAUUAGCACUGCCCCCCCCCUCACCACCACACCACCUCCACCUGUGUAUUUACACCUGGGAUGAUGGGUGAUCGCCCAAACCCGCCCAGCAGGGCUAUGUCCUCGGCAGCCACCACAUCUCCAUCUGUGGACAAAGUGGACGGAUUUUCACGGAAGUCUGUCAGGAAGGCCAAGCAGAAGCGGUCGCAGAGUUCGUCCCAGUUCCGCUCUCAGGGCAAACCUAUUGAGCUCACGCCCUUGCCACUGCUCAAGGACGUGCCAGCGCCGGAGCAGCCGGAGCUGUUCCUGAAGAAGCUGCAGCAGUGCUGUACUGUCUUUGACUUCAUGGACACGCUGUCGGACCUCAAGAUGAAGGAGUACAAGCGCUCCACGCUCAACGAGCUGGUGGACUACGUGACCGUCAGCCGGGGCUACCUGACAGAGCAGGCCUACCCCGAGGUCGUCAAAAUGUUGGUAUACGAGUUCUUCAUCCGGUUCUUGGAGAGUCAGGAAUUCCAGCCCAGCAUUGCCAAAAAGUACAUAGACCAGAAGUUUGUCCUACAGCUCUUGGAGUUGUUUGACAGCGAGGAUCCUCGGGAGAGAGACUACCUGAAGACAGUCUUGCAUAGAAUCUACGGCAAAUUCCUGGGGCUGAGGGCUUUUAUACGAAAACAGAUCAAUAAUAUUUUUCUACGUUUUGUUUAUGAGACGGAGCACUUCAACGGGGUGGCGGAGUUGCUGGAGAUCCUGGGGAGUAUAAUCAAUGGUUUCGCUCUGCCACUGAAAGCGGAGCAUAAACAGUUUCUGGUCAAAGUGUUGAUCCCCCUCCACACUGUCAGGAGUCUGUCUCUCUUCCACGCACAGUUGGCGUAUUGCAUUGUACAGUUCCUAGAGAAAGACCCAACAUUAACAGAACCAGUCAUCAGAGGCUUACUGAAGUUCUGGCCAAAAACCUGCAGUCAAAAAGAGGUGAUGUUUCUAGGAGAGCUGGAGGAAAUCCUGGACGUUAUUGAACCAACACAGUUCGUCAAGAUCCAGGAGCCGCUCUUCAAACAGAUCUCCAGAUGUGUCUCCAGCCCACAUUUCCAGGUUGCAGAGCGAGCUCUGUACUACUGGAACACGAACGAGUACAUCAUGAGUCUGAUCGAGGAGAACUCCAGCGUCAUCCUGCCCAUCAUGUUCGCCAGCCUCUACAGGAUCUCCAAAGAGCACUGGAACCCGGCGAUCGUGGCGCUGGUGUACAACGUACUGAAGGCCUUCAUGGAGAUGAACAGUACCUUAUUUGAUGAACUCACAGCCACUUACAAGUCGGACCGCCAGCGUGAGAAGAAGAAGGAGAAGGAGCGGGAGGAGCUGUGGAAGAAGCUGGAGGACUUGGAGCUGAAGCGGGGCCUUAGGAGCGACGGGAUCAUCCCAACUUAACGAAGACAGCGCCGCGCUCCCCUCCGCCCCUUCCCCCUUCUCUCCCCCUGUGACUCCCCCUCCCCUCUAUCCUUACCCCAACCCCCCUGAGCCCCCCCCUCCACAUCAGCCAUGUCUGCCCAGAGCUCUGAGAAAUCCCCGAUACAGGCCAUCGUCUCUGGACCGACACGGAGCGCCCGCUGGUUUCUUAAUUGUUUUUUUUUUCUUAUGUUUUUUUUCUCCUGUGUUUGUGCGACUUACUUUACAGUAGAUUCAUCACGUCUGUUUUCAUUAUUUCAACAGCACUGUAAAUAAUUAUUUUUUUCUUUGUUUUUUUCUUUGUUUUUUUUUUUUCUCCCUAAACUGAUAUUAUUGCAAACGGAAAAAAAAACAAAAACAAAACAAUAAUAAUAAAAAAAAGGAAGAAAAAAAUAGAAAAUGAGAAAAUGACUUGUGUGCGAGGGGAAUCUAAACAAAAAAAACAACUUUUGGACUGUAGGACAAGAAAUGAACUCUUGGAAAACAAAAAACAACAAAAAAAGAGAAGAUAGAUUGAUUUUAACUCUUCAUCCCACUCUUCCUCAGUACGGUCCUGUGUGUAAUUUUUAUUUUGCUGGUUCUCCUCUUUGCUUUUCCUCUCGUUGCCUCCAUCUUUCUGUUCCCUCCCUUCCUCCUCUCUUAACGGUGAAUCUGUCAUUUCUGCCCCCCGCCCCUGUGGGACGUCCGGACUGAUAAUGAGUCCCUCCUUCCCCCUUCCUCACCCCUCUCUCCCCUCUCUGGCCCCACCCACCUGUCUACAGGUUCUACUUCCUGUUUUAAACGGGGAAAGAAAAAACUGAACAAAAUUUAGACCUUUCUCACUACAACCGUCUCCUCUCUGAGUGCGUUUACAUGCGUUUGUUAAAUUGUUUGGUUAUUAAUUCUUGUGCUCAAUAUAUUUAUUUCCUUCAGUUUAGUGUUUCUACCUUUUUCACCCUCAAAACUUUACAAUUAAUCCCUUAAAGAUUUAUAUCUGUGGUUACUGCAGGUUCCCAGACUUCAGCUUUUACUACAAAGAAACCUUGAGAAGCUACUUUGAAGAGAAGAAACCUGUUUGAUUUUUGCAUUUCCUGUGUGGCUGCUUCACAAUAAAAGCCUCCGCGUGUUGACCUGACACAGCUGUAUGAAAGCGAUCUGUAAAUGCUGAACUUUUCUUUCAAUGACAUGAAAAUGACCAGCUGUGUAAAAAUCGAUGUGCACUCAUCGUUUCAUGUGAAUUAAAUCCCGAGCAGGAAUUGGCGGACUCCGCCACUAAAGAUUAAAAACUGCUACAUAAAGAAGUAAUUACAUAAUGUAAAUAUGAGUUUUGUAUAAAUGCUAACUAUAGAUGCUAAUAAAAUUGGGGUUCAUACAAUAAAAGGAUAAGACCAAUAUGUGUGUAGCAUUAGAAGGUUUUUUACCUUUUACUUUGGCGCCAUCUGGUGGUUGAAUCUACAACGACACGUAUCAGAAUAAUCUGAAAUAAACCACAAUCAUAAAGUUUCUUUACAUUAACCAACGAGUUAAAGCAGCUGAUGUAUCAAACGAGGAACUAAGGGAGCAGAAGUAUAUCGAAUAUCAUUUAGUUUCAUGUUUUACUUCACAUUCCCCCCCGACACGCAGCUCCAGGCCUGAAUAUCACAUCCUGGUUCUUGAUCCGGUUUCGAGUCCGCCUGUAAACGCACUCAACUCCUCCUCCACAAAAACGAUGGACUACUCUUCAUCACUUUUUUGUUUUAAAAACAACCUUUUUCCAACCCCUCCCUCCCUCCCUCCCUCCCUACCAUACCAGGUAUCCCUGGUAUCAGUCUGGCACUGAUACCCUCCGGACAUAACGGGGACUUACAAAUAAAAACAACAACAAAAAAAAAAAAGUCUUCAGAGGAGCGCCAAAAAUCUUCCUCCCUGUUGUGAAAAGACGAGCGCCCCGCCUCACCUCACCUCCCCCAACUCCUCCUCCUCCUCCUCCCUCCGCCCACCGGGGGGCGCCGCGUUGACUUCACAGUAUUACAACAACAACAACAGUGACAAAAAAAGACAACCCUGUACAUUGUUAUUGAAUGCAGUACACUGAUAAUCUUGUAUCUUGUAGUAAUUUAGCCUAUUGUUUUUUGCUUAGGAAACUGUGGAGAGGAGUAUCCAGUAUAUAAAGAGGUAUUAUGGAACAAGACUUCCUGGUAUUUAUGAUAGUGUUUCCCCCCCUUUUAGUCUGUUUUUUCUUUUCUGUCUCUCACUCCUCCCCCUUCUCUUGGUUUUUAUCUCAUUUUGGAUAUUUUGAUGAAGUUUCUUUUGACCAUUGGAUAUAUUUUUUUUAGUUGGGGAGGGAGGGAGGGGAGGGUGGUGAGGGUGAGGGCAGGUAGGCAGGGAGUCGAGGGUCAGCGGGAGGGAGGGGGGAGUAGAGAGGGAAGGCACGGAGCAGACCACGUUGCCCUCCCCCCUGUUGUUGGGAGUGUUGGACGGCGAACCUCCCCCCUCCUCCCUCGCAGGAUUAAUGUGUGCUUUAGAACGGCCCGGAAUAUAAUAUGAUUUAAAAACUGAAAAAAAGAUAAAAAAGGGUUGGAGAAAUACAAAUGUUUAAUUAUUUUAAAAAAUAAAGAGAUAUUAAAUUAAACCUGUUUUGUGAUAAA